GAGCCGUGUUGUGUAAUAUGACACGCGAGGCUGCCAGAACCGCGAACCCCGCUAGUGCCUGGCUCGCCACGCUCACUAACGGUACAGCUCAACUCUGCACCACAUUUUCUGCAAAAAUCCGCCCAACUCAGCCUCCGACUGACCAGUUUUCCAUGCGGCGAGAAGGUUUAGAUCCAAGCCGGGUCUCAGGAUGUGGAGGAAUUCGUACCUGGUUUGCGUUGCAACGCUUCUAGCGACGUUUGGGAGCCUGGUGGAGUCACAAGGUUGUACAGAUUCUCAGUUCACCUGUGCCAACGGGCGCUGUAUCAACUCAGACUGGAGAUGUGACGGAACAGAUGACUGCUUCGACAACUCAGACGAACAGUCAUGUACAUUCCCACCCUGCGAUGCAAAUGAGUUCCAGUGCACAAACGGACAGUGCAUCUCCCAGAGCUGGGUGUGUGACGGGGAGAGUGACUGUCCAGACAACGCAGAUGAAAAUCAGAGCUGCCCCCCAAGAACGUGUGCGUCUGACCAGUUCACCUGUACCAAUGGCAGGUGCAUACCUCAGAACUACAGGUGUGAUCGGGUAAACGACUGUACAGAUGGCAGCGACGAGGGCAGCCAGUGUUCGUACCCAACGUGUUCAUCCUCCCAGCUACGGUGUAACAACAGUGCGUGUUACAACUCCAACCAGCGCUGUGACGGCAACAUGGACUGUCGAGAUGGCUCAGACGAGUUCAACUGUACGACCAUCCGGUGCCAGUCUGGCCAGUUCACCUGUAUGAAUGGUCAGUGUGUUGCCGGCAGUUACGAGUGUGACCACGAUAACGACUGUGGGGACGGGUCAGAUGAACACGAUGGUUGUGUUUUCCCCACAUGUAGCGGAGACCAGUUCACCUGUCAGAACGGGCGGUGUGUACCACAGGAGUACAUCUGUGACCUGGACAAUGACUGUGGUGAUGCUAGCGAUGAGAUGGGCUGCUUGCCGACACCCCCCACCUGCCAGCCUGACCAGUGGGCGUGUCCCAACACCACCACGUGUAUCCAGAUAUCACAGCUGUGUGAUGGUCAGUCUCACUGUCCAAACAACAUGGACGAAACCAGGCCUGGAUUUGCUUGCAGUUCCUCGAACUGCGGAACGUUGGCGUGUGAACACCGAUGUCGUGCCUCGCCUGACGGAGGGAUCUGUUACUGCUCCCCUGGGUAUCAGGUCUCCAAUGACAACAGGACUUGUCAAGAUUUUGAUGAGUGUUCUGUGUGGGGUACGUGUGACCAGACCUGCACCAACGUGCCCAGCACCUACCGAUGCUCGUGUGCCGAGGGAUACGUCCGGGAGUCAGGACGCCACUGUCGGGCUUCAACACAGAGUGCUCAACCUCGGAUUAUCUUUUCCAAUGGAAGAAGCAUCGUGUCGACUGAUCUCCAUGGCAACAACCAGCGGGUCAUCAUGUCCCCAUCCUCCUCCAGUACGUCCAAUGUGCUGGGGAUAGACUAUCACUACAACGAGAACCUGCUCUUCUGGUCCGACUCCAUCAACAACAAGAUCUUCCGUUCCAACAUGGAUGGUUCUAACCAGCGGGAGAUCAUCAACAUCGGGCUGGAGACUCCCGAGGGCCUGGCGGUGGACUGGAUUGGACGGAAGCUGUACCUCGUGGAGAGUGCCGCCAACAGGAUCGAGAUCUGUAACCUGGACGGGACGAUGAGAGCGACGCUGGUGGCGGAGGACAUCGACCAACCACGGGGAAUCGCACUGGACCCCUCAGUGGGCUACAUGUUCUGGAGUGACUGGGGCAGCACACCAAAGAUCGAGAGAGCGUACAUGGACGGCAGCAACCGGUUCAAUCUGGUGGACACCAGAAUCAGCUGGGCGGCUGGCGUGACGCUGGACUAUGUGAACAAAAGGGUGUACUGGGCUGACGGACGACUGGACGUUCUGGAGACUGUCAAAUACGAUGGCACAGACAGAAGAACAAUUGUAUCUGGAAGCCAGGGCCUCCAUGUGAUCCCCCAUCCUUACGACGUGACGUUGUUCGAGAACUACGUGUACUUCUCUGAUUGGACGAGGAUGGGCGUUGUGCGCAUCAACAAGUUUGACGGAACCGGAUCUGACGAGACCAUCGUCCACGAAACUAGUGUCAGGCCGUAUGGUGUUGUUUCUGUUCAUCCCGUCAGACAGAUGCAAGUAACCAGUCCAUGUGGGAACAACAAUGGCGGCUGUUCGCAGAUCUGCGUCCUGAGCCAUCGGUCAGACAACGACGGCCUGGGGUAUCGCUGUAUGUGUCAGACAGGCUACGAGCUGGCAGCUGACAACAGAAACUGUACUAGACUGGACAAGUUCCUGCUGUUCUCCUCGCGGUACACGGUGCGAGGAAUCCCGCUGGACCCGAUGCAGAGCGUGGACGCCAUGAUGCCGGUCCUCGGGCUGCGCUCCUUCUACAUCGGCAUGGACUUCGACGCGGCGGAGAGGAAAAUCUAUUUCUCGGACACCGUCCAGGACCAGAUCUACCGCAUCAACACUGACGGAACAGGUAAAGAGACAGUGGUCGGAUCACGAGCCAUGGGUCCUGAGGGACUGGCUCUGGACUGGAAGGCCAAACACCUGUACUUUACAGACAGUGUCUUCGAUACAAUCAAUGUGGUGCACUUGGAACGAGGCUGGAGAAAAGCCAUUGCAAGUGUGAACGUUGGGAACCCACGGGCAAUUGUUAUCGCACCACAUAGUGGAUACAUCUUUUGGACAGACUGGUCCCGUCCGGCCAGGAUUGAGCGAGCAUUGACAGACGGCUCAGAACGAACCGUUAUCGUGAACACCACCCUGGGCUGGCCCAACGGACUGAGCAUCGACUACCCCCAGCUCAAACUGUACUGGUGCGACGCCAUGUUUGAUAAGAUCGAGUACAGUAACUUUGGAGGACAGAACCGAGGGCGACUGAAUAUCAGAUACAUCAACCAUCCAUUCGGAGUCGUUGUUCACGAAGAUUAUGUGUACUUUUCGGACUGGAAUUCCCGUUCCAUCAACCGCGUGCGGAAGUCUGACGGCGGAGACGAAAGAACGAUCCGGCGCGGGAUUCAGCAGCUGAUGGAAGUCCGAGUGUUUGAUCCGGCCAAGCAGAGCACAAGUCAAACCUUGUGUACGAUGAACGGUGGAACUCGGAACGACUGUGACCAGUUCUGCUUCACGGUACGGUACAACCAGCGCAAGUGUGGGUGUGGCUACGGCUACACUCUGGACGCCAACGGUAGAACCUGCAACCCGGAUCCCUCCAACCAACCUCCAACCUCACAGUGUCUCAGCAGUUUUUCCUUCCCCUGCUCCAAUGGGAGGUGCAUCUACCGGUACUACCGCUGUGAUGGGGAUGACGACUGUGGAGAUGGGUCUGAUGAAGAAGGCUGUGGAACAGAGCACACCUGUUCACCCCUCUCCUUCCACUGCGCCAAUGGAAACUGCAUCUCUCGCCGCUGGCGUUGUGACAAUGAUGAUGACUGCGGCGAUGGUUCGGACGAGGCGAACUGUACCGUAACGUCCUGCAGGAGCGGCCAGUUCACCUGCGACAACGCCAGAUGUAUCCCUGAAUUCUGGCGCUGUGAUUCUGACAACGACUGCGGGGACGGUUCUGAUGAAAGAGACUGUCAGGGGAUAACCUGCCGUGCAGACCAGUUCACGUGUGACAACGGUCGCUGUGUCCCACAGUCCGCCGUGUGCGACGGGAACCCCCACUGUUCCGACGACUCAGACGAGAGGGACUGCGCCUUCUCGUGCUCACGUCAGGAGUUCGCCUGUGCAUCUGGGGACCAGUGCGUACCGAGCUACGGUCGGUGUGACGGACACAUGGACUGUCGCGACAGCUCAGACGAACAGGACUGUCCAUCCCGCCCCCCGGAUGGUUGCCUUGCAAACGAGUUCCACUGUACGACGGAGCAGGAGUGUAUCCCUGCGCGCUGGGAGUGUGACGGACACGCAGACUGUGUGGACGGGUCUGAUGAACACACCUACUGUCCUCCAUUCACGUGCAGCCAGUACCAGUUCCAAUGUGAGACGGUGAAUCGCUGCAUCUCUCGCUGGUGGGUGUGUGACGGAGAUAACGACUGUGGGGACAUGUCAGACGAACAGGACUGUCCGACGCCGUCCUUUUCGUGCCUGUGGGGCCAGUGGCAGUGUGUCGGGGUGGACGAGUGCAUUCAAUACGGGCAGGUGUGUGACGGCACGGAGGACUGCUCCAAUGGUGCAGAUGAGGGACCCUGCAACCCAGAUGUCUGCCAUGAGGGUAAUGGCGGCUGCAGUGACGUGUGUGUAGCAACCGUGUUUGGAGCGCAGUGUGAGUGUAACGUGGGCAGGCAACUGGUCCAGAACAGCACCAAGGUUUGUGAAGAUAUAGAUGAAUGUGACCCCCCUGGACACUGCAGUCAGAUGUGCACCAAUCUACCUGGCUCCUUCAAGUGUGAGUGUGACGACGGCUACCAACUUGAGCCUGACCAACGUACCUGUAAGGCUACAGAUGACAGCCCUCCCUACUUGAUAGUGUCCAGUCGUUACUACCUGUACCUACACAACAUCCGUUCCGGGGAGUACCAGAGGGUCCUGUUUGGUCAGCGUUACAUCAUCGGCACGGAUUUCGACACCCAGGAGGGAAGAUUGUACUGGGGCGACUCCACCGCAAAAACAAUCAGCUCGGCUUUCUUCAAUCAAACCGACGAACAAGAGAUCAUCAGCAGUGGCCUGCAGGUACCAGAAGGUGUGGUUGUGGACUGGGUGGGGAGGAACCUGUACUGGGCAGACUAUGGGCUACAGACUAUAGAAGUGUCAGACCUGGCUGGCAACAACCGUGCGGUCCUGUUCAACCAGAAUGUCACCUACCCACGGGGCUUGGCGAUAGACCCACGUGACAGUUACCGGCUGAUGUUCUGGACAGACUGGGGCCAGAACCCCAGGAUCGAGCGUGCAGGGAUGGACGGUAGUGGACGGACCACUAUCCUGACAGAGAAACUCUACUGGCCAAAUGGUCUGGCCAUCGACUUCCCCACCCAGAGACUGUACUUCGCCGACGCCAGGCUGGAUUAUAUCGACUUCUGUAACUACGAUGGGACGGGGCGGAGACAGGUGCUCGCAAGUAACCAGAUCAUACAACACCCCCACUCCAUCACCAUCUUUGAGGACAUGGUGUACUGGUCAGACCGGACUGCCAACAAGGUUUAUGGGGUGAACAAGUUUGACGGGACCCAGAACCAGACCACAGCCAUACGGUAUCUCUAUGGACCCCUGGACCUGCACGCUUACCAUCCUGUCAGACAGCCUCAUGGCAACAACACCUGUUUCAACAACCCGUGUUCCCACCUCUGUCUGCUCUCAUCGGUGGAAGAGAUGGGCUUCAAGUGUGUCUGUCCCACAGGAGCCAGGCUGAACCCUGACCAACGGUCUUGUGACACUUCUGUGCAGCCAUUUGUGCUGUAUGUUCAGAUGAAUUCCAUCAAGGGAGCCAUGCUGGACCCUACCGACACGGCUACCAACCCCAUCACACCUAUCACAGGGCUGCGGAGUGGGUACGAUGUUGAUUUUGAUGAUGAGGAGGGAUACAUCUACUGGGUGGAGAGAAACAACUACACAAGUACCUCCAUACAUCGUGUGAUGCUGGACGGACGAAACCGCACGGACUUCGUCCCGUACGCGUACGUCGGCUACCCGCACGCCAUCGCUGUAGACUGGGUCGGCAGGAACAUCUACUGGUCCAAUCCGGCCAGGUUCACUAUUGAAGUCAUGCGGAUGGACGAGGAUGCUCCUCACCGGAAAGUUCUCAUCGCCAUGGCAGGAGAGGACACUACAACAGUCGGACUGGUCAAUGCCAUUGCACUGGACCCUGUCAAUGGAAAAAUGUACUGGGCAGAUCGUGGAAACGAAGGCACCAUCCCUAAAAAGAUCGCGAGUGCCGAUCUGGACGGAACUAACCGGGCGAACCUCAUCCUGGACCGGGUGGACCAUCUGGACUUCAUCGCUGUGGACAUACCAGCCCAGAAACUGUACUGGACAGAAACUCAUUACGGAACAGUGGAAGUUUGUACUAUCACAUCCCAGGGUACUGCAUGUAAUGACAGGCGUGCGUUAGUCAGUGGUCUUGCCCAUCCUAGAGGCCUGGCUAUCUACGGAAACUAUCUCUACUAUGGAGAUUUGAGUUACGAGGUACUAGAACGUGUGGACAAGGCAGACGGUCAGAACAGGGUUACCCUGAGGAACAACCUCGCUCAGAUUCAUGCUGUCAAAGUGUACGCCAGGGAACAUGUUCCAGCCACCAGGCAGAUGUGUAAUAGGAACAAUGGGAACUGUCAGCAGCUGUGUUUCAACAAGCCGGGUUUCACCAAAGUCUGCGGCUGUGGGACUGGCUUCACUCUAGCCUCGGAUGGAACCACAUGCCAAGCUCAGACAUCGUUCUUGGUGGUCUCACAGUACGGCGUGAUUCGUGCCAUCGGCCUCUCGUCCAGUCAACACGAAGAUGCCAUGGAACCAAUCGGAAACACAGGAAGGGGACAGUCUAUAGGAGUACACAUGAGCCAGAGUCUUCUGUUCUUUGGUUACCAGAACAGAGGAAUCUGGAGGAUCAAACCUAACAUCGACUCUAGGCUGAAGAUCAUUAUAGAGAGCGGGAUCGGAACACAGGGAGUGCCUAGUGUAGCCAUUGACUGGCUCGCAGGAUACAUGUAUUUUAUAAACGUUCAAGACUUGGAGACAGUGAUCGAAGUUGCCAAAACCAGCGGCAGCUACAGGAAGGUUUUGAUCAAGAGUGUUGAGGACUCCCCACGGUCCAUCGCAGUCAACCCCAUCAAAAGGUACUUGUACUGGGCAGACACUGGCCAGACUCCGGCCAUCGAGAGGUCACUACUGGAUGGAACUAACCGGACAAUACUGGUCAGGAAUGGUGUUGUUCAGCCUGCUGACUUGACCAUUGACAUGGCAACGCACAAUGUUUACUGGGUGGACACGAGGGCUGACUCUAUCCAGCGAAUAAGCUGGAAUGGUGGUAGCCGAACAGUCAUCCGAAGUGGCCGCAACUUGCCUGCUCCAAUCAGUAUCGCCAUCUAUCAGUCCAGCAUGUAUUGGCUUGACCGCAAUUUGAGGACGAUUUACCGCGCCAGCAAGGAACCAAGCACGGACCCUGCUGAAGAGAUUCGCACUGAUAUGCUAAAUCUUCAGAGAAUCCGUGUUUUUGACUCAAGUGUUCAGCCUGCAGAUAACACCAACCCGUGCCAGACCAAUAAUGGCGGCUGUGAGCAGCUCUGUUUCGCCAUGCCUGACUCCACGACUCCCGUGUGUGCCUGCGCUUACGGCAUGCUGAAUUCAGACAACAGAAGGUGUGAUGACGUGUCGGAUUACCUCAUAUACGCUGCGGGAGGAGAAGUUCGCAGCCUCCAUCUUGAACCGUCGGCGACCUCCCUGCCGUUCGAGCCAGUCGGAAGCGGACAGCUCCAGCUCAACGGCUAUCUGGACUUCGACGCAGCAGACAACCGAAUCUACAUCACUCAGUCUGGUACUGAAGGUCGAAAAAUCAGCUAUAUUAACCUGAACACAGCCGGUGGAACUGACCCUGUUAUCCUGGAUAUCAUCACAGAAGGGCUGCGCUAUCCCACAGCGAUAGCCUUUGACUGGGUCGCCAAGAAAAUCUACUGGAGUGACGGUUACCCCUACAAGAUACAGUCUGCUAAUGCUGAUGGGAGCAGCAAAGUAGACAUUGUGACUGGCAUUAAUUAUGUUUAUGCCUUAGCUCUGGAUCCAUGUAGAGGGUACCUUUACUGGACCCAGUAUGGGGGGAUUCAGAGGGCGAGCAUGGGGGGUAACAACAGGACAACACUUGUCCCAAACACUGGUUUGGCUUACGGACUGGCUCUGGACUUUGAUGAAAACAAGCUCUACUUUUCCGACUUGUAUGGGGAUACGAUUGAGAGGGUGAACAUGGAUGGAACCGGGCGUGAGACUGUCAUCACAUCGAGUCAGGCGCCCAACGGUAUCGCGAUUAGCGGGUCAUACAUCUACUGGACUGACUCCAGCAUACGGGCCGUCCUUCGUGCCGAGAAACACACCGGAGCCAACCAGAUCCGCAUGGUGCAGGGUCUGACCGGUUUCAUCCGGGACAUUCAUGUCUUCUCAACCUCCAGCCAACAGUGCUCCAACAAUCCGUGUGAAAAUAACAAUGGCGGCUGCAGCCACUCGUGUCAUCCCGCGCCCAGCGGCGGAACGGAAUGCGCCUGUCCCAACGACGGCAACUACAAACUGGCCAAUGGCGGCAAAGACUGCGUCCCUGCCAACAGCACCUGCAACGAGCAGUGGCAGUUCACCUGUCAGAACGGCAGGUGCAUCCCGCAGCGAUGGAAAUGUGACAUUGAUAACGACUGUGGGGACAACUCAGAUGAACUCCCCAGAGUCUGUGCUGACCAUACGUGCCAGGCGACAGACUACACCUGCAACAACAAGCGCUGCAUUCCAGCGUAUUUCAGGUGCGACCACGACAACGACUGCAGGGAUAACUCUGAUGAAGCCGACUGUGAGUACCCUGACUGUGGGGAUGGUGAGUUCACGUGUGACAGCGGUCGCUGUAUCCCUGAAAUACAGCGCUGUGACGGGUACAACCACUGUCGCGACAACACCACCUCUGAUGAGAUCAACUGUCCACCAAGCACCUGCCGUCCCAACCUUAUAAAGUGCUCCACGACCAACGUUUGUAUCCCCCGCUUCUGGCUCUGUGAUGGUGACAACGACUGUGGCGACAACUCGGAUGAAACACCCACCUUCUGCUUGGCUGCCACCUGCAGUGCGAGUGAGUUCCCGUGCUCCAGCGGCCGCUGUCUCCCUGCCAGCUGGCACUGUGAUGGAGACAACGACUGCGGGGAUAACUCUGAUGAACCAGAAGAUGUCUGUUCCAAUCCUGACAGAACAUGCUAUGGUGACCAGUUCACCUGUGACAACGGGCGCUGCAUCCCGGGCAGAUGGGUCUGUGACAACGACAACGACUGUGGGGACAUGUCAGACGAGGAUGAGCGCCACAAUUGCGAUGAAAGACCCUGUGGGGACGGCUACUUCACCUGCUCACAUCCCGCAGCUAAUCAGCGCAGGUGCAUCCUGCAGAGGUUUGUUUGUGACGGAGACUCAGACUGUCCUGAUGCAGAGGAUGAACAUCAGAACUGCACCCGUCGGACGUGUCUGGAGGAUGAGUUCACCUGUGAUAACGGGCUGUGCGUCAGCAGCGGGUCCCGCUGUGAUCAUUACAACGACUGUGGAGACCACAGCGACGAGAGUAACGACUGCAGCUACCCCAGCUGUAACCCCCAGUACCAGUUCACCUGCCAGAACGGCCGCUGUAUCCCGACACGGUGGACCUGCGACGGAGACAACGACUGUUUCGACGGGUCCGAUGAGCUGGACUCACUUUGUGUGACACAAAUGCCGACCUGCCCACCUAACCAGUUCAUGUGUAACAGUGGUCAGUGUAUUGCCAACAACCUUGUCUGUGACGGCCGCUACGACUGCCCUGACAACAGUGAUGAGGCCCACUGUGGUAUAAAUGAGUGUCAGAACCCAGCAGUGAGCCAGUGUGAACACAGAUGUGUGGACACACAGACCAGCUAUCGCUGUGUGUGUAACACUGGAUACGUCCUUAUGCCUGAUGGAAAGGCCUGUUCAGAUAUUGAUGAGUGUACAGACACACCGUGGGUGUGUAGUCAGGGCUGUGAGAACACUCCCGGCUCCUACAUCUGUAAGUGUGGAGAUGGUUACCUGAGGGAACCUGACGGUUCCACCUGCAAACAUACCGCAACUGUGGAGCCCUACCUUGUCUUCAGCAAUAGAUACUACAUCAGAAACCUGACAGUGGACGGAAGCAGCUACAACCUCGUCAAGCAAGGACUGACCAACGCUAUCGCUAUGGACUAUGACCUUCAAGAACAGCGGUACUACUAUUCCGACCUGGGCACAAACCUGAUCAAACGCAUGUUCAUGAACGGUACGGGAGAGGAAACAGUCAUCGAUCAGAACAUUCCACUGGUGGAGGGGAUGGCUGUAGACUGGGUUGGAAGGAAGCUGUACUGGAACGACAGGAGGAUGAAGAAGAUGUUUGUGUCGGAGCUGAACGGGAGGUCCCGCAGGACGCACCACCAGGGCUGCAUCAGCAAGAACAACACUGACUACUGCAUGCAGGAGCCCAGGGCGCUGGCUGUGGAUCCAAAAGAAGCGUACAUCUACUUCACAGACUGGGGUUACCGUGCGUACAUCGGCCGGAUCUCGGCAGACGGGACACAGAAGGAGGUUCUGAUCACGGAGAAGGUCAGCUGGCCCAACGCCCUGACCAUGGAGUACGCCACCGGCAGGCUGUUCUGGGCAGACGCUCAUCUGGACUUCAUCGAGUUCUGUAACAAAGAUGGCAGUAACCGUCACACCAUCAUUGGCCCCGCGGCUGACGGCACGGCGCCCCACCCUUUCGCCAUGACGCUGUUUGAAGACUGGAUCUACUGGACAGACUGGAACACCAAGACCGUGGAGAAGGCUCGCAAACUGAACGGAACCGAGAGAACCACCAUGGUCAACACCGUCCACCGGCCUAUGGACAUCCACAUCGUCCAUCCACAGAGACAGAUGCCAUUUGUGAACCCGUGUGGAGACAACAAUGGCGGGUGUUCCCACCUGUGUCUGAUGUCCCCGGAGAGGAGAGGCUACACCUGUGCCUGUCCUGACAACUUCAACCUGGGCUUUGACAGGAGAACGUGCAUCGCCAACUGUGCAGCUAACCAGUACCGCUGUGCUGACAAUGAUCGCUGUAUCCCUGACCUGUGGAAGUGUGACGGGGAGGAGGACUGUAGAGACGGGUCGGAUGAACCGGACAGCUGUCCACCGCGCCAUUGCCCAGCGGGUACUUUCCAGUGUACUAACCUGAACUGUACCUAUGCCUACUACCUCUGUGAUGGGGAUGAUGAUUGUGGGGAUGGCUCGGAUGAAGAUCUCAACUGUGAUGACCGUCCGUGCAACCCCGGUCAGUUCAAGUGUAACAACAACCGCUGCAUCGCGCAGGCCUGGCGCUGUGAUGGGGACAACGACUGUGGAGACAACAGUGAUGAGGACCAGGAGUACUGCAGUACCCGUACAUGCGCCCCCGGCCAGUUCACCUGUGGUAACGGCUUCUGUAUCCCCGACACCUGGGUGUGUGACUGGGAUAACGACUGUGGAGACAACAGCGACGAACCUGCUGAGACUUGCCGCACGGAUCCUCAGUACCAUUGUGACCCGCAUAACGACUUCUCCUGCCGUACAAACUACCGCUGUGUGCCAACCUGGGCCAUGUGUGACGGAUUCAACGACUGCAGAGACAACAGUGACGAGGCUGAUGACCUGUGCCAGUCCAUGACGUGUGCACCAGGAGAGUUCCGCUGUGACAACCAUCGCUGUAUCCCCGAGCGCUGGCACUGUGACUAUGACAAUGACUGCGGGGACAGAAGUGAUGAAACUGGCUGUCCUCCGCGGGAGUGCAGUGAGAGCGAGUUCCGCUGCGGGAACGGGCGCUGUAUCCCGGGCAGGUGGAUCUGUGACCAUGACAACGACUGUGGCGACCAAUCAGACGAGCAGUCGUGCGAGGUGAUGAGUUGUGCUCCUGACCAGUUUGAGUGCCAGAGUGGACACUGUGUGGACCAGAGGUUUGUGUGUGACGGUGACCGUGACUGUCGGGACUCCUCGGACGAGUUCAACUGUCCCACGAGAUACCCAGACGGUAGCUACUGCCCAGCUAACAAGUUUGAGUGUGACAACACCAUCUGUAUCCCCAAAACAUGGCGCUGUGAUGGGGACGACGAUUGUGGGGACGGGUCAGAUGAAACCAUGCAGAUUUGUUACCAGAUUGACUGUCCAGAGGAGACUCGCUUCAGGUGCAGCAAUGGUCCGUGCAUCCCUCGCUGGAAACUCUGUAACCUCAGGGACGACUGUGGAGACGCUAGCGAUGAAAACAACCACACCAUAUGCCAGCCAACUCGACAGAACUGCAGAGAUAAUGAGUUUAAGUGUGAGAACCACAACUGUGUGUCCAGCACUAAACUGUGCGACAAUGCUGACGACUGUGGAGACAUGUCAGAUGAGUACGGCUGUAACAGUAACAAUGAGGAGAGGAAUGAGUGUACAGAUGGAGACCAUGGAUGUGAGAGGAACUGUACAGAUAUCCAGGGUGGUUAUGUCUGCUCUUGUGGACCUGGGUAUACCAUAUCAGCUGUGGACAGCAGGUCUUGUGGAGACGUGAAUGAGUGUGAGGUAUUCGGCAGCUGUCCUCAGGGCUGCAGGAACAACAAGGGGUCGUUCCGCUGUGUGUGUUCCCGCGGCUUCAGACUGGAGGGUGCUGAUGUGCCUGUCUGUAAGGCUGCCGAUGGAGAGGCUAAGUUUGUAAUUUUCAGCGACGGCCCGGAAAUGAGGCGGUAUUACCCUGAGGGAGGCAACAUUGGAGAGUACAACGACCUGAUUAUCGGGGAACGGCGAAUCAAGGCCCUCGAUUACGACUACAACUACGCCACCAUGUCCAGUCGUAGGCGCAGGGAUGUUACUGAUGGUAGUGCAGGUCUUGUGUACUUCACUGACACCUCCUCAAAGACCAUCAAGCGUGCAUCCCUCCCCACGGACCCCGCCCACCUUGGUAUCACCCAGGACCUGGGCAUCUCCGACCUGUCCGAGCCUGACGGCAUCGCUGUGGACUGGGUCUCUGGCCUUCUGUACUGGACUGAUGCUGGCACCAAUAAGAUUGAAGUGUCCAUGCUGGACGGUCGCUACAGGAAGACCCUCAUCAGUAACAACCUGGACAAACCUGCAGCUAUCGCUGUCAACCCUGAGAAGGGUGUGAUGUACUGGACAGACUGGGGGGCUGUUCCGAAGAUCGAGCAGGCGUGGUUGAACGGGGAGCAGCGACAGGUGGUGGUCGGCACGCAGCUCGGCUGGCCGACCGGGCUGACCAUCGACUACAUGAACAACCACCGUGUGUACUGGUGCGACGCCAAGGAAAAUGUCAUCGAGUCCAUCAACUGGGACGGGACAGACAGACAGAUGGUUCUCAGUGGAGCUCUGGAGAAUCCGUUCCGACUGGAUGUGUUUGAGGGAGAGCUGUUCUGGACCACCCAGACAACAGGGAACAUCUACCACCAGGACAAGUUUGGCCGAGGGGUGAAAGUCCUGCUGCAGUCAGGAAUCAACCUCCCCACAGACAUCAAGAUCCACCAGAAACUCAGAUACGACCAGGAAGUGAACACCAGGUGUAAGGAGAAUGUUUGCAGUCACAUGUGUCUACAGAUCCCAGGUGGAUAUCGCUGUGUGUGUCCGGACGGGUCAGACUUCUUACCUGACAGCCAGACACAGUGUGAUGCAGCUAUUUCGGAGCCCAUCGACCCCCCUCUUGUCUGCUCCUGUGUGAAUGGAGGAGUCUGUGUCAUCAGCCAGGGAAUACCCAAGUGCAAUUGUCCUAAGGGAUAUCUGGGCGAUAACUGUGAGCUGGGAGCCUCCAGCAGUGGACCACCGGGAGGAGCAAAUGUUGCUGCAGUUGUUGUUCCCCUGCUGCUGAUCCUGAUCAUAGUUCUGGCUAUUGUUGGUUUCUUCUACUACAAGAGAAGAGGAGGGACCUUGCCCCAGCUGCCCCAGUUUUCUGAUAUCCAGCUGCCCAGGCCGAAGAUGCCUGACAUGGGUGGCUUCGGUUUCAGCAAACUGCCUCGAUUCUCUGACCUUCCCAAGCCCAAUGUCAAACUGCCAUGGCUCUUCAAGUCAGGGGUAAUAGGAGGUAACGGCACCACAGGAGGAAGUGUGUCAUUCCGAGAUGGAACAAAUGUGGAGCUGGGCACACCAUCCUACAUGGGCUACGACGAUCAGGAGGCACUAGGGCCGCCAUUGGACGGGAUGGGCGGGGAGAAACCACCAAUCACGUUCUCCAACCCGAUGUACCAGGAGGCGGAGGGGGUGAUGGUGGAGGCUGGGCCUCUGCCGGAGAAAACCGGCCUGCCCGCCGACUCCCCGGUCGCCCCUCCCCGGACCCAGCACGCCGCGUCCCCGCCCCCCGCCAGCCCCCCUCCCGCGUACUCGUCCCGCGAGACCAGUCCCGUCGUGGACCGGGAGGACGACAAGGCGGGGCUGGUGAGCGAGGCAUGAUGGGAAGGGAAGGAUUACGUCUCCGAUGAUGCCAAUGCUUGCUGUAUAAUCAGUGUUACCCAUGACACAAACCCCACACCAUAAUUCACUUUUAACCCUUGUCCUGCUGGAAUUUUUUACACAAUAUAUUUCCAGAUAAUUUGAUGUCAUACAUGUAGACCCUUGACUUUUUUUGCCCCGUGGUGGCGGUGUGAUGCGUUGGACUAGAAAUAUCCCCAAAUCGUACACAUACAAGGGCUCUAUAUAGAUAGUACUGUAUGUACAACCCAUAUAUGAGCUCUGCAGGACAAGGGUUUUAAAAACAGGUUAUUUUUUGUGAUGCCUCGGGGAAGAGGCUUUUUGGCUUUCCUUUUACACUGUGUGGGUAACAAGUUCUAAGCAAUACUUGUUUUUGGUAAGAAUGAAUCUAGGAAGAGGUCUCAAAACCUACUGAUGUACGUAAUUUGUUUUUGACUUUGGAGUUCUAAAGAUGCAUGUUUUUGGUGUUACAAUGAUUUUUUCAUCUGUCUUGAAGAGUGAGUUUUCUGUGAGGACCAAAUUCAAAAGUUUUCAUCUUCACAAAAAGCAACACUGUUCAGAAUUCAGAUUAGACUACAAGCUCUAUUUCCACAAUAAUAUCAUCAGUUAUGCUGCCAGAGUUUUUGACUUGCACACUUCAUGAAACAUUCCCCAAAUAGUGCUAUCAUUCCAAAAUAUUGGUCAGAACAUUCCAGUCAUUCAAGAAAAACAAAACUGCCUAAAAAAAAUUACUUUGAAGUUGACACAAUCAAACUGUGUGCAGUAAAUGCUGAUGAGGUGUAGUAAUAGCCAUAGGGCUUGGCAUUUUUUUUUGGCAUACAAAAAUGGCAUUUUGAGGCUUUUAACUUCACAUACAUUGGAGCUGGAGCUAUGGAGCUGAGAUCACACUGUGGUUGACCUUCAGCCCAAUUUCUUGAUCGCUGAAGGUCACCAAAUUUUACAAUCGAUAGGCGGUUAAUAUGAUUAAAUCACUUAUUCCAUAGACUACCAACUACAAAAAUCAGUAUCAAAAUCCAUUUAGUUGGUCUGUUUACAAAAGUAUCAAGAACUGCUGGCAAAAAAUAUACUAGGAAGAUUUCAUUAUGCAUACAAAUCAUAGGACCUGGUAUACUAUACUUCAUACUAUUGACAUAUCCACUAAAAUUCAACAUCUAAUUUGCAUAUUCCUGCUAGCACUAUAGAAACAAGAGUGCCCCAAUCUCACUACAUGUAUUAUCCAAAAUGGUGACUUUUAUUCAGAAAAUAUCAUGAUGAUAAGAGAUGAAUUUAAAUGCAGUAUGAUACAUAUAAAGAUUUAUAUACGAAUAUAUCCACCCUGCCAAAGACAUUUUAACUAAAGUUGUCAAUUCAAACAAAUUGCAAUCAACUUUUAUGAAAGUCAAAUUAUACUUUAAGUAUAAUUUAAGAGCCAUAUCUACCAAAAAAUUUCAUGCUUGACAAUUUUUAUUAGAAACUAUCGAUGGACCAAAUGAAGCAUGUGAAUAUGUUAAUUGCAGAAUUGAAUAUUUUUAUAAUAAAUAUCAUAAGAGAAUUGUGUGGACAA